AGUCAAUCCAAUCAGCGAUUGAUUACUUGAAAACUAUGGAUAAAAAUUGCUUUAAAACGGAUUACUUCUUCAAUUCCGUGAAGACUGGGAUUGUUUUGCAGUCGUUAUCAACAAAACAGUCAACAAAUUAUGAAUUAUCACUCCAAACGGUUCCAGACUUUUAUGAAUUUGAUGUCUCGGUCUGUAUUUGUUCCUUCAAACGGACCCAUCAUUUGCCACAAAUACUGGACUCUCUAUGGAGUGGACAGACAUUUAAGGGAAGGCUUGAGAUAAUUGUGUGGAAUAACAACUACUGUCGGAAGAGUACUGUGUCUGACAUUUGCCGCAAAUAUAUGAUUGAAUCAAAUGAACAAAAAUCUCUUCAAUUAAUAAAUUCUUCGAAAAACUAUUUCUGUUCCGUAAGGCUAGCGAUGCCUCAACUCAUGCAAAGUCAGCGCCUUUUGAUAUGCGAUGACGACUGCAUACCUGGCCCUCAGUUCAUAGACUUCUUCAUGACUGCCCACACGAGACAUCCCGAGGAUGUGUUGUGUCUGAGAGGACACAAGUUUUUGGAGCACAAACUCGACGCUCAAAACCCAACAAAUGUUUGGUUAGAUUACGAGAACUUGAGGUUUGUUUCGGACGACAGACCCGAAGACCUGAUUCACUUCGUUCACGCGGACACGUGUCUCAUCCCGAGGAAAGCCCUUCAGGAAUGCGCGUCAAUACCAGUGCCCGACCCGUGCUUUGCUUUAGUGGACGACUAUUGGAUGAGUUAUGUCUUAAACCAUAAAUUCAAUCGAAAACUCAGGAAAUUGUCGACA